AUGAACCAUGACGACGAAGAAACACAUCAAUCAUCGCUUUACAACCAAAGAAACGAUGAAAUACGCAAUGACAGUCAAUCAUCGGAGGGACGAACGUUCCUUCGCCGUCUGAAUCUAUUUGUGAUAAUAACGAUACUCAUUGUACUUUCGAUACGCAGCGGAAAUCAAACCGCAUCCUUUGAAAAGUCAUAUCGUUGGUCCAAGGCUGCCGACAGUUACUUGGUAAACUCUAGCAAACUAAGUGAAGGGAAUGAAGCUGAAAAAUCAAAAUCGAAUGAGGCCCACAUAGUACCAGUAGCCAAGCAAGACUGGAGUAACGAACUACCAGCUUGUCAAAUUCGAGUAACAAACAAAGUCGCACAUCAUUACGAAGUCAUAGAGUCAGUUGCCAAACUGAUACCAUAUGAAUACUUGAAUUUAUCGGAUAGGUGCAAUCAUCUACAUCUACACUUUGAAUUUGAUACAUCUUCGAGUCAAAAGUUGAGAACCAAAUCGUGGCUUCUUGAUAUGAAUGUUCGGGUUUUCAAUACAUCGAUAGUUGAUGAAACGACAGGAAUUACACGAUCCUUUGGUAGGGCUGCGAUGGCGAAACCCAACCGGACCUCGUGGGAUACCACCAUUCAGGUAACUUGCCAUUGCGAUCGCUAUGCAAGACCUUGGUUGCAGAGUAUAAAGAAAAACGGUCCGCACGUGUGCAUUCAUCACGGGAGAUGUAGCAAGACGGAGGAUAUGCCAAAUGCAAUUCAAAUAUCUCCCCACCACGAACGUUACUUCAUUCCAUCAGCUUUACCACAGGUCAGUGCAGAAUUUGUCCAGAGAAAGAACGACACAAAGAUUGAAAUUUGCUCCGUUGGAGCAACCAUUCGACAAGAUUGGAAUCUUUUGGUACCAUUCUUAGAGAAUUCAAAGAAUGCAAAAUAUUUGGGAAAGAUACGAAUACGGAUGUUAGGAAAGGGAGGUUUCCCUAACAUCCUCAUCCCAUACAGAGAACAAACUGAAAUGGUAGAUGAAAUAGUAGGUGAUGACCGAGAAUUUUACGCAACAGUCAAGGCGUGCGAUAUUAUCAUUUUGGCCAUAAGCCAAGAGCACGGGCAGGAUUACUUCAAGAGCAUCCCCACGUCCAAUUGGAAAUUAUCGGGAACGAUUCCUCCGAUUGUUGCAUACAUAAGGCCCUUCUUAAUCCCGGACGAACUUGUAGAGCUGUAUCGAGCCCACCUACCUAUGCAAGUUCCACAUCGCGGCUACAACCACGCAAACCGCACGGCAUUCUCGGAGGCCUUGAGUUCGCUGUUAGAUGACUUUCUUGGGGCAAGGAGCACAACUAGAAAAUGA